CCACUUGCCGUGCCAUACAGCAAACCUAUUGCUAUAAUGCUAUAUUACAGUCUGUGUGUGCCAGACUUUUAGAAGUCAGCUGAUGCGUUGUUAUUGUUUUGGGAAACAGCUGACGUUAUUCGACAAUAGUUGAUUACGCUGAAUAAUCGAAAGUAAACAUAAAAAGACGUAAAUAAUGGUAAAAAGUAAAAAGACGUAAUUUAUUAUUUAAUGUUAUUACGUCUCAGUUUUAUUCUUUCGUGUUUGGUCAACUGAUACAUGAUAUUCAGUUUUAAAUCGAUUAUCGAUAAAUUAUGUGUUCACUUAGAUUACUGUGAAAUUGUUUCAUAUGUAUAUUGACUAAAUUCUGUUGUAAAAAUAAAGAUAAAGAUUUUUAAAGGUUCAAUUACGAUUUGGUCGAACCGUCACGAACACACAUUGAUCUAUUGGAUAACGAAUACACUAAGUCAAAUUUUCGACGACCAAUUGGGUCCAACAGCUCGAAAUAGUUUCGAUGGGUCGAAUAUUCCUUGAUCACGUAGGCGGUGACCGACUCUACGCAUGUGCUGCAUGCGAUACAAACCUAACUAAUCGUGAUGAAUUGAUUAGUACCAGAUUUACAGGUGCAACAGGUCGAGCAUUUCUGUUCAACAAAGUUGUAAACCUCAAUUAUAGUGAUGUGCAAGACCGAGUAAUGUUAACUGGUCGUCAUAUAGUGCGAGAUGUAUCAUGUAAAAAUUGUGACACAAAGUUAGGAUGGAUAUAUGAAUUUGCUAUGGAAGAAAAUCAGCGCUAUAAAGAAGGACGAGUUAUAUUGGAAAGGGCAUUGGUUACAGAAGGAGAUGGUCUUGAACACGAAAUAUAAACAUAUUUUGAAAUUUGAAUUUGUACAGAUUUUUUUUUUUCAUUAAAAUUGUAUUAUAUCAAUCUGUAA